GAUAGUGACACAAACACUGGAUAUUAACCGAUUCCUUCACAGAGACAUGGAAAGAAUGCUUUUUGCUGUGUUUUUAUGGAUCUGUGCGGGGUUGGUGAUCUCUUUGGAAGAAUUUCCAAAAUGGGGUGUACAAAAUGGCAAUAAGUUUGGAGAAAUUUUAUCUAAAGUUACUGAUGAAAUUUUGAACAAGGAACUCGCGAAAAGCAGCGGGCCAUUUGGAAAGCUUCGGCAGAACAACGGUGACGUCAUUUUGCUUCUUGGUAAUCUAAUGGAACAUAAGCCUAUGACUUUAUGUAGAAUUCUGUGGAAUACUAGCGAAGACGAUAGCGUGAAUGAAUGUGUCGCGUUCCUCAUGCAGAUUAGAAAUGAAAUGUUGGUCAACAGGGAACAGAAACGGCAAGGAAGCUACCGGUUCAACUCGAGUGGAUGGAAACGCAAAAAGCGCGACCUUACCGACAAGCUAUCCAGAGACGAAAUCAUGAAACUGAUCCAAAAAAUUAUGAAAGUUAAAAAACGACGACAGUUCCAAGCGACGGGUUGGUGAUCCAAUGACUGCUACUGUGUGGGGAGUGUCUGGCAAAUCCACAAACCAAGGCUGGAGAUUGUAAGAAAAACAAGGAGUUUGAACUCGUUUAUAUGUGUGAAUUAUUUUACUGUCUUGGUAGAUUUUCAAGGCAAUAUCUAAUUAUUUUCUGCAGAAAACGGAGAUGUUCACCAAACUCCUUGGCUUUUAUAUUUUCAGGAUAAUUUCAAUUUGGAAGGUAGAUUUGUAUUUUUACUUGAAUGAAGUGGUAUUUCUACGAAGUGAUCAAUGAGAGGCACAUGAUGUAUUUUUCAAAUUGAUAGAAAAACUUUAUAAGACCAUAAAUGAGAUUUCAGUAAAGAGAACUUCACAUUCCAGCUACAAUAGAUUAGGUAUUUUACAGCUUAUAAGCAUAACCAUUUAUAAAUAUUAUAAAAAAUAUUUUUAAAAAUGUGCAUAACCAUUAAAUUAUGUUGAAUUUUUUUUAUAAUGUUGAUGUUGAUGCGUGCAUUCUUAUAUAGAAUUAUAAUCGAUCACCGAAAAUCAAAAUGGCGUAAACCCCAAUUCUUCUAAAGACUUGAUAGAAAUGCUUCCCACAAUUCAUUGUAGUUGUCUUACAUUUGGUGUUUUCGGUAGGAUCCAUCGGGAUUCUCUCGUAUAAGAGUUCAUAAUCUCUAAAGUACGACAGCAGUGUGUGGGAUUACUAGCAUGGAUUCCCAGGGGAUCGUACACCAAAUGAUAGCCCAAAGUAAAACUUCAGGAAUGACAGAAGACCACGAACAUCGAGAUUUAUAUCAUCGUGUUUAGACAUUAGGCCAUUUUUAUUUCAAAUGUGAAUUUUUAAAUAACAUUUAUGAGAAAGGAAACAUUUAACAUAGAAAUGUUGGUGGUUAUAGGUAAUACUGAAUUAUGUUUCUGCGAAGAAGACACAGGUGGUAGUUACGAACAUCAAUGACCGUCUCGAUUUUGUGCAGAUGGAGUAACGUGAUGAAAAUAACUUUUAUCGGCUUUUAUAAGUAUGGCGUAACUUAUGAGAAUAAUCACCAAUUUGAUUUAGUAGGUAGUGACGUCUUCACAUAUGUUGUCCUGGAAACAAAAA